GUGAGUCAUGAGGAACUGUACAUACUCCUACCUCGUAUAGAGAGGCUCCUAUGAGGAAUAACAAAUGACCAUUAAAAAGUGUCUGCUCCCCUUGUUUAAUAAUAUACAGGGCGAGUUUCGCAUUUUAACAGAAAUUUAUAUUCGUCAUAAUUUUUGAACGGUCAGAUCGAUGUGUCUCUUAUUUUGGUCAAUCGUUACACUAUUACCACCUAAUCAACUGAUUUAUUCAAACUAGAAAAAAAUCAGGUCCGGCUUUAAAAAAUUAAUUCGUUUGGUGUUACGGGUUAAAAGUCGCUAAGCAACUAGAAACGAUUCUUAUAAAUAAGAUUGUCAUAAUUUUUGCUUUAUUGUCACAAGUACUGGCCUAAACAAUUAUAAAAAUCAGGCUUCUAUAUUGUCUUGAACAUUAGCUGCUAUCAAGCCAUUUUUAAGUCCGAAAUCAUAUAGAAAAUCAGGCAUGAAGUAGGCUUUAGGUAUACAUUGCUACCUGUCUAGUAAGUGUCAUCUCUUUGUCUUUACCUGUCUAGUGUCAUAUCUUGUUCACUUUUGAUUUACACUUCAUGAGGACAAGUUAGUGUUGUCCUAUGAAACUCCUUGAGGAUAUUUAAUCAGAAGUAAUCCAGAUAACUAAUUAAGAAAUAUUCAAUUUGAUGAAGUUGAAGAUUGUCUUGCUCAGCAAGGAUUUAAAAUAUCUGGAUAUUUAGGUCCUCAAGACCUUUCUUUUUGGCCAUACGCUAUCUUUAAGGCCAACAAUUUUUCUUUCUCUCCAAUUCAUUUUGAUGUUGUGAGUUUUUUUGAAACACCCUUGUCCAGGGUCGAUAUUUAUAUAACCUGUAUAUCUGUGAAGUAUCCAAGUAUAUAAAUGCAGUACGACAUCAUCCACGUGUAUAACAUCGACGAAAAAAACAUAAGGUAGGAUCAAACCAAUACUUCUCUUAAAAGAACGUUGUUUUGCCUGUCUAAGCCACCACACCAUACAGCAGUCUGACAAAUAUCUCGGUUUUGUAUUUUUUUCUUGUAAAUAGUACCUAAAUAUAAUAUUACAUAGUUUUAAGAAUUAUAAUAUGGGUGUACGCUGAAAAGAAUAUUCUUAGAGGCAAAUAUAAACUUUAGUUGAGCUUUUUACCUUUUCCUUUUGGGUUUUUUUAUAUUUUCAAUUAAGAUUAAUAUGAAUUUUUUUAGUUUUGGUUAAUAAGAAUAAAUAGUUUGUGAAUUCUCCGAUUUUCUUGAUUUAUUAUUAUUAUUUUUUUUUGUUUGGUAGAAAAUAAAACUAGUUAUUUACCUUCGCAUACCUUCAAUAAAAACCGGUAACAUCGGCGAAGAGUAACAUUUGGCGCUCCAACGUAAAAUUUUUUGUUAUUAUUUAUUUUAUAAAGCAUUGAGUAUUAUUACAUAUUAUUAUUUAACAGAUAUAAAGAUAUACACUGCUGUACAUAACUAUUAUUAGGCAUAAAAUUUCUGAUUUUUGAUAUGGCAUAGUGGCAUAAUAGUAAUUAUUGUUAGGUACAUAUUUCACAGAUAUUUUGAUACACACUGCUGUACAUAAAUAUUAUUAGGCAUAAAAUUUUUGAUUUUUGAUAUGGCAUAGUGGCUUAAUAUUAAUUAUUAUUACAUAUUACACAGAUAUUUUGAUAUACACUGCUGUACAUAAAUAUUAUUAGGCAUAAUAUUUUUGAUUUUUGUGCUUUGUGGACACUUUCUUGAUUUCUUGCAAAUAAAUAGUUAAUUUUGUUCCUUUAUUUCCAAUAUACAGGGUGGCUCAAAAUUAUUGCACCUCAUAAAAUAUAUAUUGUAUAGUAUUUUAUCGGUUUUAGUGUUCGGAUUUAACCCAAUAGUUGUGUAUUGACUUACUACUAGCUCGCAUAACUUAAAGUAGUAGUUGAAGUUAUUUUUUUUUUGUUUUUUGUAAGCUCGCAUAACUUAAAGUAGUAGUUGAAGUUAUUUUUUUUUGUUUUUUGUAACAUUGGGUAAGGGUUGCGUGUUGCCAUUUCACGCAAAAAUAUUUAAGAAUAGGAUACUAUAAUAUAUUGUUGAGAUUUUUUUUUUGUCUUUACUUUAUACUUCAUCUCUUAUUUUAUCAUAUUUUUUUAUCUCUAACCGAGAUAGGGUUUUAUUUUAUUCUUUUUCGGUUUACUUAAUAUGGAGGUUAAUAGACUUUAGGGUGAUGAACUCAGUUAUGAGUUAUCAAUAAGAAGUUUACCAAUUGAUGCAAAUGUACACACGAAAAGGGCUACGUUGAGAGAAGCUCUUAAAGCAGAAAGAGAGGGACAAAGAGAUUCUCCUAAGGUGGUUAAUAUAGACCCAUCUUUUGAGUUUUCGUUGUGCUCAGGGAAACUUAGCGAUCUGGAAGAAGGUAUAGAAAAUUUUAAUGAACAGAACAGAACUAAUGAAUUUAAAAGAAUUAGUUCUCGUCUAACACAUGUUAAACUUAGACUUAACAGACUUCAAUGCAACGAAAAACAGGAAGCUCAAAGGAAUCAACUAUUAGAUUGGCACAAACGGUUACUAUUAGAAGUCAACAGGAUUUAUGAGAGCUUUGGGAAAGAUAAUCAAGUAGAGCACAUCUCACUUUUGGAUACUUCAGUUCCAUUAUUGCCUGAAAUUGUUCAUUCCGGGUCUCAUGAAUGUGGUUUGGUAAACUCAGAAUCAUUAGCUGAAGAGCAUCCUAUUGAAGCUGCGCUGUUUGGAGCUACUAACAGUUCACCAACUGCAGGCAAUAGAGUUUCAUUCUUAAGGCAGGUUUUUGAAGAAAAUCAACAUGAUAGCACGAUACAACCACAAGUACAUUCUCAAAGAUGUUCUAGUUCUCUGAGGGUUUCAAGCAGAAUAUCAGAUGGGAAUCAAGAGUAUAUGUCCAGUGCUAUAAAUAGACCACUUAAUUCAAGUAGAGAAAUGAAUUCUUCUGAAAAUCACAAUAGGCAUACGGAACCACAAACUGAUACAAGAUUAUCAAGGCACAAUUUUAAUAAUGGAAGUAGUGCAACAGUACCUACAAGGGAGAUUGAUAAUACUUUAGCUCGACAUUUUAAUCUGGAAACACCUUCAUCUAACUUCAACAGUAAAAUAAUGGAUUCGCUAGAUUUCUUAAAGCAUGAUGUUCAGAACGUUGAUAUAAGUAGAUGGAGAUUACAAUAUGACGGAAUCUCGAGCGUUGCUAGUUUUCUAGAAAGAGUGGAGGAACUCAGAGUUUCAAGAGGAGUAUCUAAAGAGAGACUACUUCGUUCGGCUCCAGAACUUUUUACCAAAGACGCCUUACUCUGGUACAGAAUGGGAAAUUUUACAUCGUGGGAUAAUCUGGUCCAGGAACUUAGGUCUGCUUUCCAGCCCCAUGACUAUGAGAAUUCCUUAUGGGAGGAAAUCCGAAGAAGAACACAAGGCUCACAGGAACGAGUUAUAAACUAUAUUUCAGUCAUGGAAAAUCUAUUCAAGAAACUAUUGAUCCCCCCUAACGAAGAAGAAAGACUGAAUAUCAUUCGUAGGAAUUUGCUUCCUUAUAUUCAGCAGGGCUUGGCUUUAACAAAAAUUAGCAACAUCAGUGAUCUUUGUUCAUUAGCCAAGGCUAUGGAAGCAAUGGAAACAAGGAUUCGACAAUUUUGCCCUCCUCCUUCAAGCACCAGACUUUUGGUAGAACCUGAAUUAGCUUAUAGAAAGCCGUCAACUCCUAUUUUUACGAGUCCGGUUACAACACCUGUGUUUACAGAAGAAGUUGCAAAUAGCGAUAAAUCUGAACAUUUGGAUAAGGGUACAUGCUUUAAUUGUGAAUCUGAGGGACACAAGUUUAAAAAUUGUAACCAGCCUAAGAAGUUCUUCUGUUAUAAAUGUGGAUGCAACAAUGUGACAACGAAAAACUGUCCCAGAUGUUCAAAAAACGCAGCUUCUCUCCCUCGGUAAGUCGGACGAGUGGAGUGGAAGGUAAAUCAACUCCGACAACUGAUAAUACAGCGGUCCUUGAAUACAUUUUAGCCCAUGCUGAAGGUGAUCAACGACCAUACUUGAGUGUCUCAAUUCUUGGAAAAGAUAUACUUGGAUUAUUGGAUAGUGGAGCAUCACGAACCAUUCUUGGAAAAUCUGGUUGGGAUGUGUUUAAAGACAUUUGCCCAUUAAAUGAAGAUAACAAGAAAUCAUGUAUAG